UCAUUAAAUUGCCUAAUGGCAGCGACGGAAAAGUCAAGGCCCGUCCCCAAAAGCUCAGGCUUUGAGCGGAUGACGACCAAGUGCUUUGCAACGGCGCCCCAAGAAGUGUGUCCUCCAGGAAUUCCGGAGGGGCCGGGAAUUGUAAAGGGGCCGCCAGAGAGGUCCCGCCGGCCGCGCUCCCCACCUCGCCUGCGCCCGCCCCGAGCCCGCGUCCUCCACUCGCCCCGCAGCCAGGGACACGCGCCGCGCACCGACCCCGACGGAGCGGACAUGGGCAGAGCGAUGGUGGCCAGGCUCGGACUGGGGCUGCUGCUCCUGGCGCUGCUCCUACCCACGCAGAUUUAUUCAAAUCAAACAACUAUUGUAACACUUUCAAGUAACUCCUCCCAGAGUACCUCGACUGCCCCAAAUCCAGCAAAUACCACCACCACACCAACUGGCGGUGCUCUGCUGUCAACAGCCAGUCUCUUCGUGAUCUCAUUCUCCCUUCUACAUCUCUACUGUUAAAAGACUCAGGCCAAGAAACGUCUAUACUUCCCCAUCUUCUAAACCCAAUCCAAAUGGCGUCUAGACAUCCAGUGUGACAAGGAAAAAUAAAGGUCUUCAUUGAAUCUGCUAAUUGCACACCUUAUUUUAUUGACACAAAAUGUUGAGGAUCCCAAAUUUGAUUGGUUUGAAGAACAUGUGAAGGGUUUGACUAGAUGAUGAAUGUCUAUUAAAUCUACUGGAGUUUCAUGUACAAGAUGAAGAGACAACAUCCAAGAUUAGAUAAGAGAUAAUUUCUUUAAAUGUGGCUUAAAAAGUAUGGACAUGUAAAAUUCUACCUUGAAAAUGAGAAUAGAUUUUCUCUUACCGAGAUGUAAAAGAUGGGAUAUGAACAGAUUCAGUUUUCAUUCGGUUCAUUAAAUCUUGAAGGCCAUAAAACGGUUAAUACAAGAAGCUUCCAUGAUUCUAUUUAUAUGUACAUUAGAAGGAACUUCCAGGUGUUACUGUAAAUCCUCAAUGCAUUGUUUCAGCAGUACUAAUUUAAUGCCUAUGUACUCUAGAUAAAAGUUUUACAUUGUUAAGCUAUCACUGUUUCUUGGGAACUGAACUCUUUCCUCUGAGGCUUUGGGUUUGACAUUGCAUUUGAUUUUUUAUAUAGUAAUUGACAUGUGCCAGGGCAAUGAUGGAUUGGAAUCUACCCCUGAUUGUGAAGCAUAACGAAUAAAUUUUGCUUAAAUACUUAUCACUUAUUCCUAUUGAACAAGGGUGCCAGAUUCAUUUAGCUAAACUGAUUCCAAAGAGUAGAAGUACGUUGACUUCAACUAAUUUCAAAAUGCUUAUUUCUGCAUAGGUGGAGUACUUCUUAAAAUUUAAAAAUGAUCUGUUUUGAAGGUAAAAUCGACAAAUCUUGAAAUUAAAAAAGGCAAAAUAUGUGCGGGAGCCAAAAAUCAUAAAUCAAGUUUUUGGGAAGUGAAGACUGGAAGCUUGCUUACAUUAAAUUCGGAAAAACUUUUAUACUUUUUCUGUAAAUACUUUUUUUUUUUAAAAAAAACUCUGAAUCAGAAUAGCCACAUUUGGAACACUUUCUGUUAGUCAAUAUUUUUAGAUAGUUAGAACCUGGUCCUAAGCCUAAAGUGGGCUUGAUUCUGGAAAGUAAAUCUUUUCACAACUGCCUCGAUGCACAGAAAGCUUUUUAAAAAUAGACACUCUAAGGUCUUUUGUUCGCAUGGUCACACACUGAUGCUUAGAUGUUCCAGUAUCUAAUAUGGCCACAGUAGUCUUGAUAACCAAAGUCAUUUUUCCCAUCUUUAGGAACCUACACCAGAACAACAAUAUCCAACAGAUCUCAAGCUACUGUGUGUGUGAAUGAACAUUACGUUUUGUUUCAUCCCUGAAUGCUGUACAUCAGUUUUGGAUUGUAUAUUGUGUUUGUGUAUUUAUGCUUUGAUUCAUAGUAACUUCUCAUGUUAUGGAAUUGAUUUGCAUUGAACACAAACUGUAAAUAAAAAGAAAUGGCUGAAAGAGCAAUCUAUUGAA